UUUCUGCAGAGGAUUUUUCACGUCUCACUCAAGUGUUCCUGCAGAGGGUGAAGGUACGCAAAUAACCACUUACGUCAUACUGCCUGCUAGACAAAGCAAUAGAAGAUCAACGUCUGACAACUGGCAGCCUUCUGAGCAACAUAUAAAAAGCAAUGAAUGUUCACUAUAGUCAUCUUUAUUUUAUAUGCCUGUGGACUACGUUCUGCUUUGGAACGAAACAGGAAGGCAUUAUAAAACCAAGUCAAUAUAACGUCAGAGAGAAUGAUGUAAAAAAGUUGCUGAGUGGACCACACCAUCUCAUCAUAAGCCGCGCAAUUUAUGAACGACCUGACUAUCCGCUCUGCGUGCGAUCUCACUUCAUAUCACUUUCGGAUGUUGGAUUCCGGCACAAGUUAAGCUAUAAAGAAAAGGAUUUCAAGGGGCCACGAAUACGUGGAAUUCGGCAGUACCGAAACGCCUACUAUCACGUGCAAAAGUUGAAAACCGUGUUCCUGUUUGUCGCCAAUGCCUUCAAGGAUACACACCAAGUGGACCCGCGAGUUUCUGGAAGCUAUAAUAUCUAUUAUGCUAACGAAAUAUGCUUUAUCGCUGGAACGCAUCUACCGGGUAACAGAUACACAUUUGAAAGCAACGCGCUUCCGAGACCCACAGGAAAUGCAGCGUGUUUACUAUGGAGACUUGCACGCGCGAAAGAGCAUGAGAGAAUUUCCUGCAGGGCCGCCUUCAGGCGAUUUUGCAGCAGAUCCCUGGGACAUAAAGUUUACUAUACCAAAGAAACAUGUGGUAGUCAAAAUGACAGAAACGAGACCUCUCCUGUAGGUGCAAAGUUGAAUUGAAUAAAAUAUAUUACGUUUUA